AUGAGAGCACUUGGGGUUCUAGGAGUCUUUUUAGGAGUUCUUCACUCGUUUUUGGUUUCUUUUACCAAUAAACAGGUUCCAGAGCCGUAUAUGGAUGAAAUUUUCCACAUAGAUCAGGUUCGUAGGUUCUGUAGCUUGGACUUUAGGUACGUGACCUGGAACGAAAAAAUUACAACUCCACCAGCUCUCUAUAUUUUAUCGCUCUUCGGUUUGUGUGGACACGAAAGAUAUACAAAUUCGUUACUUAUUCCCUUUUUUUAUGUUGGAGCAAUACGGUUCCGCAAACAAUUCUUAAUUGAAAAACGUUUAUAUAGUACAGCUUUAAUCGUUCUUUUAUUUCCAGUUUUGUUUCAUUCAAGUCUGCUGUAUUAUACUGACCUCUUAUCUGUUACUGUGCUGCUUUGGGGUUUCAGUUGUUCAUCACCUGGCUGGGCAUCUAUUUUUUUUCUUUUUGCAGUUUUAACACGUCAAACAAAUAUCAUUUGGGCUGGAUUAUACGGAGGCGUUAAUUUGAUUCAUAUAAUUGAUCCUAAUAAUUUUUUUCAGUCAUUUAUUCACGGAUUAAUGCGCUUACGGGCUUUGAUUCUUUUGGCUUUGGGAUUUGUUGUCUUUUUUAUUUUGAAUAACUUUAGAAUUGUUCUUGGCGAUCAUCACGCUCACGAACCAAAACUGCAUAUCAUGCAGUUAUGCUAUUUUUUUAGUUUCACAUGUAUACUUGCAGCACCUUAUUUUUUUUUUACUGGGCAUCUGAAGAAGGCAUUACGGGAAUUUUUUGUCCAUCCUCUUCGUAGUCUUUGCUUCUGUGCUGUUAUGGCAUGUUGCGCAUAUUUCUUUACCAUUGAACAUCCAUAUUUGCUGGCUGACAAUCGACAUUUCACAUUUUACAUCUGGAGAAAAUGGUUUCGACGGCAUUGGAUUUGUCGAUAUGUUGUUGCACCAUUUUAUCUAUAUUGCUUUUAUUUGAUCAGAUGUUCUGUUAAACAUAUUGCUUCGCACAUUACCUUAUUAUCUUUAUUAGCCAUUGCGGCAGUUCUUGUGCCGUUGCCUCUUUUUGAAACUCGUUACUUUAUUGUUCCGUUCGUGUUGUGGCGGCUAUGUUUAACUGAUAAUACAAAGGUAUCUCUUGUCGUUGAGCUGCUAUACGCUGUCGGUAUCAAUUUGAUAGUUCUGUAUUUAUUUUUCUUGAAACCGUUUGUUUGGAAGCAUGAACCAGGAGCACUUCAGCGAUUUAUGUGGUAA